AUGUCCCGGAGGACGUUGGGUGGAGGUCGUGUUCUGGGCACUCCGAGUGCGCUCUCAGCCCCGUCCUCGUCCCCGCAACCGAAGAGGGUGCUCUCACCGACCGCCAGCAGCAUUUCCCUGAGCUCGCAGACUUCCGCAUCACAAUUCUCGUCCGGUACGCAAGAUAUCACGUCGCGCAUAUCCCUGGAGAAUGGCGACACCUCGAUAUCCGCCGCCUCCGCGGCACCCGGAACCCAGCUCUCAUGUCCAAUCUGCAGUGAGGAGAUGGUAACGCUCCUACAGCUAAACAGACACCUCGACGAUAUUCACCAGAACCUGGAAGAUGGCACACAAGACGAGGUCAAAGAUUGGUUCAAGGUACAAAUGGAGAAAGCGAAACGGUUUCAACCACUCGCCGUGUUGAACCAGAAGCUUAAAGGUCUGGAUGUGUUCGAAUCGAAUGAGAAUCAGACUAGCUCGGUACCUGGUCGCCCACUGGCUUCUCAUGCAGGAAGUUCCGAAACACCGAAGUUAUUAGAUCCAGAGGAUCUCAUCACAAAGCAACACUGGCAGGCCGGUUGUAUGUACGACGUAUGCUUGGAACCAUCUUGCGGACAGCGACUUAAUGCCACCAACGGCUGUGUGAACUGUCGGAAAUGCGGCAAACUAUUCUGCGAGGAACAUACAAUGUACCAAAUGAAGCUCUCACGAUCCGCACAGCAUGAGCCUGUCAGGGGAAUCUGGGCCCGUGUCUGCGAAACCUGCUAUAAGUCGAGGGAAGGCUACAUCGAUCAUAAUGGUGCAACGAGAGAUUUAACAAAUGCGUUUAAGUCUACUCGCAAGCAGACAGUCGACAAAGAUUUCCUCGAGGUUUCACGGCUCGAGAAGAGAUUGACCAGGCUAACGCAGUUAUUGGCAAGCCUGCCUGCAGAUCAAAUCCAGCCAAGUGCGACGAAGCUAUUCUCUAUUGGCUGGCAGAACGAUCGGCGAAGAAGCCUGGAGCAAACGAUUGUCAGUUGGCAAGAUGAUGCUAGUGUUUCGCGCUGCCCGUUCUGCCAGCAGGACUUUUCGGGGUAUUCCUUUCGAAGACACCAUUGCAGAACUUGCGGGCGGGUUGUGUGUAGUGAUCCCGAUACUGGUUGCUCCAGUGAGGUCGGGCUGACCAUCGCACCCCUCUCAAAAUCGUCGGAAAAAGCCGCCGCCGAAAACCUGCUGAAUGUUGAUGUGAGGCUUUGUAAGGAAUGCAGGACCACACUAUUCGACCGACGCGAUUUUGAAGCCGAUGUCGCACGCAAGCCUCCUGAAGUCAGAUCCUAUGAGAACUUGGCCCAGUUUGAGAGAGGAAUCCGUCUACAUAUGCCCAAGUUUCAGAAACUUCUCUCCGCACUCCAAGACCCAAGGCGCCCGCCGUCGUCGGCUCAAAUUGCAGAAGCUUCCAGAGUCCGUAAGCGACUCAUGGACUCCUUCGCAAAAUAUGACGUAGUAGCUCGCCGAAUUCGUGACCUACCAACCAACUCUCCCACCCAACAGCGAUUGCAGAAGGCCAUUUACCAACAGGCCAGCAAUUUUCUCCAUCUUCACAUGCUACCUCUGAAAUCUCUACCGAAGGUCCUCAAACAUGCCUCACCAGCAGGAGACCGCAUACCUAGCCGCACAUCUUCCCCCAGCACACCAGUCAAUGGAUCACCGGCACCUGGUGCCCGGCCUCAAGAUUCAGCACUUGCAUCAAUAAAAUAUAACGAUCGUGCUGGGGCCAAUGGAAGUUCCAGCAGCCUAGCAAGUGAUACGAGCAGUGCUGUAUCCGCACUGGAAGCAGAAGAGAAAGCGCUUCGAGAACGGCUGAUCGUACUUGAAGAACAGAAAUUCUUUGUCUCCGAAAUGAUCGCAGAUGCUAAUCGUCGUCGUAAAUUCGACGAGGUAAGUAGUCUCGCCGUCAACGUUGAGGACCUGAGCCGCGAGAUUGAUCGUGUCAACGGGAUGCUUGCCGGCUUGGAUUUUGAGGGAGUCUACACCGGCGGACUUCAAGCAAACGCUUGA